GCCACGCUUUGUUCGGCGGGCGGGAGACAGGCGCGGCGCUUUGUCCCGCCGGGAGCGUGUCCGGCCCUGGUUGAGAUCCAUGCGUCCCUCACUGUGAGCCAUUUUCUCCAGUCCUCAGGGUCUGAGCCAUCGUCUGGGCCAGGAUGAGCUGGAGUUUCCUGACCCGGCUCCUGGAGGAGAUCAACAACCACUCAACCUUUGUGGGCAAGGUCUGGCUCACUGUCCUCAUCGUCUUCCGCAUCGUGCUGACUGCCGUGGGUGGGGAGUCCAUUUACUAUGAUGAGCAGAGCAAGUUUGUGUGCAACACGCAGCAGCCGGGCUGCGAGAACGUCUGCUACGACGCCUUCGCACCCCUCUCCCAUGUCCGCUUCUGGAUCUUCCAGAUCAUCAUGGUGGCCACGCCCUCCGUCAUGUACCUGGGUUUCGCCAUGCACCGCCUUGCCCGCGGGCCGGAGGGCCGCCGGCGGGGGAGCGGGGGCCCGCGGGUGCGCAUGCCCGUGGUGCGGCGGGGCGCCGGGCGGGACUACGAGGAGGCAGAGGAGGAUAACGAGGAGGAUCCCAUGAUCUUUGAGGAGAUCGAGGUGGAGAAGGAGAAGGGCGGGGAGGGGGGCGAGAAGCACGAUGGGCGCCGGCGGAUCCGCCAGGAUGGGCUGAUGAAGGCCUACGUGCUGCAGCUGUUGUGCCGCUCGGUGCUGGAGGUGGCCUUCCUCUUCGGGCAGUACGUGCUGUACCACUUUGAGGUGAGCCCCUCCUACGUGUGCAGCCGCAGCCCCUGCCCGCACAUCGUCGACUGCUUUGUCUCCCGGCCCACCGAGAAGACCAUCUUCCUGCUCAUCAUGUACGCGGUCAGUGGGCUCUGCCUCUUCCUCAACCUCCUCGAGCUCUGUCACCUGGGGGUCGGCCGCAUCCGGGACUUGCUGCACCAGGGCAGCGACAGCCCGAGCCCCCACGACAGCCACCCUGGGCCGCACUAUGCCAAGAAGGCCCCCAGCGCGCCUCCCACCUACCACUCGCUGAAGAAAGAGCCCCCCAAGGGCCAACUGGCCAACGGGAAGCUGGACUACAGCGAGAACCUGGCCAGCGUUCCGGCCGAGCGCUCCCGCGAGCACGAGCUGGACCGGCUGCACAAGCACCUCCGCAUGGCCCAGGAGCACCUGGAGAUGGCCUUCCAGCUGAACCCCACACUGGAGACGGCCAGCCCCUCGCGCAGCAGCAGCCCUGAGGCCAACGGUCUCGCUGCCGAGCAGAACCGCCUCAACUUGGCCCACGAAAAUGAAGGAUCUGCUUGCGAGAGAACCACAGGAUUGUGAGAGGCUGGGCCCCUCAGGGCAGCUGCAGAGAUGGCGACGGAAUGGCUGGGACUGGCAAUAUGCUCCUGAGGAGACCACUGGAACCUGGACAGCCUGUGCUGGGGAAACGGGGAGGAGACCGGGGAAGA